GGCAGAGAACGGGGAGAGAGGAAGCAGCCCAGACGUGCUGGGUCUCCGUCCGGAUGGCGAGAAGUCUCGCAGCCGCAAAGAGGAGGAGACGGCCGAAGCUUCGCAGCCAAAAAAAUCCAUUAAAAAGGCAGCGUCGCGAGCGGGUGGCCAGCGCCGAAGGACAGAGCCGUUCCUCGCUGAGAGGAUCUCGACUCGACAGCCAGGUGGUGGUGAUCGAACAGAAUGGCUCUUUUCAGCUGAGGAUCCCCAAGAACUUCAUUUGCGAGCACUGCUAUGGGGCCUUUCGCAGCAGCUACCACCUCAAGAGGCACAUCCUCAUCCACACGGGUGAGAAGCCCUUCGAGUGUGACGUGUGCGACAUGCGCUUCAUCCAGAAGUACCACCUGGAGCGCCACAAGCGCGUGCACAGCGGGGAGAAACCCUAUCAGUGUGAGCGCUGCAUGCAGAGCUUCUCCAGGACAGACAGGUUGCUUAGACACAAACGAAUGUGCCAAGGUUGCCAAACCAAAACCCCUGACUCGCAGCUGCUGCUCUAGGAGCCGAGAUGACCCCUUGCAAGAGCCAGGACGCGGACGGGAUCUCUGGGUUUUUCUCCGUCUGGUUUUGCAUGCACCAGCUCCCCGCCGCGGAGCGGGGAGGGGAGAGCAGGCCACUCUCCUAGACUUUCAGAUGAGGUCCUGACACUGUACAUAAGCUGAAGAUGAUCUGGAAUCUUUUCCCAACCAGCAGAAGCCACAGGCAGCUGUGUAUAAACCUUCCUUUUGUUUUCCCCCUUUGUUUUGAAGUACCACCGUUUGCCUCUCAGGAAAGGCUUUGAGCAACAAGCAGGCCUAAACAGAACAAAGUAGCGACACUUGCCUCAAACCCUUACCGCUUCCUUUCGGCCGAUGGACGGGUUCACGCAGACACUAGGCUCUCAGGUAGGAAGUCUAGCGGGGAGGAACCUCUUUUUAACCCCUUUUUCCAAGAAAAGAGAGAGAGUGAAAGUUUGAAAGGGCUGUGGAGGCUUUUGAUUCAGGUAUGAAAGGCAGGGGCCCAUCUCAGCUGCGAGGUGUCGCUCUGAGGUCUGCAGCGCUUUCCUUUUCACUUCUAGUCUCUUUUUUUUCCCUUUUUUUUUUUUUUUUCCUCUGGGCUUGUUCCUGGCUGCUCGCUUCUCUUGCCUCUACCCUCCGCUCCACCUUCAAAGAGCGAGCAGAGGUAGCGGGGCUGGGGAAGAGGUGGCAGGGCUGGGGGAGAGCCGUGUGGUACGUGGGCGAGCGGCGAGAUGGGAGUCUCGGCAAAAAAAGGGGGGCUGGGUCAGGCCACGUGCUGGCAGCCUGCCGCCUUGGGCCCCUGCUGCCCCGAGGCAUCGCCCCACGGCAUGCCCGCAGGGCUGCCGCCAGGCCCGUGGCUGCGGGGAGAGC